AUGUGGCUAGACCGCAUUUCCGGCCAUUCGACGCCCUCCGGUCCCCAGUUUGAUAGUCGCAGCAACUCCCCUCUUCCUCGACGGACUUCUUCCCGUCUAGCUCCAAAUCCCCCACCCAACCGCCCCGGAUCCACUCGCCCCGGCUCAUCGCUGUCUCUCUUGUCGACUCCAAACGACUCGACUACUUCUCUCCCGGCGACUGCCCGUGGUGAAGGCUCGACACCAAAGCCCGGCGCUGCAAGGCCUCGGCCUUCUGAUGUGGCUGAUCCGUUUGAAGUAUUGAACGGAAUCAUUGGAAAGCAGAGCAAGGGAAGAGACGGUUCUCCUGAAGCCCUCCUGGAAGCGAAGCCCUCGGAUCUGGUGGAGGACAUCGAUUUCCAUGGCCUGAGCCUCGAUGACUUUGUUGCCGAGAAUGACGAGCCAAGAAGGACCCAACAAAGUGAUGUUGGUGCCCAGACCAUCCAGCAAUUCGAGAAGGAAAGGGACAAAUUCCAGGACUUGCACUCGGCGAUCACGGGCUGCGAUGAUGUCUCCAAGUCAGUUGAGAUGUACCUGAAUGACUUUCAGAAUGAACUCGGGGCGGUCUCGGCAGAGAUCGAGAGUCUCCAGUCUCGCUCCAUACAAUUGAAUGCUAUGCUGGAAAACCGACGAAACGUCGAACAGCUCCUUGGUCCUGCUGUAGAGGAAAUCAGUUUAUCUCCCAAAACUGUUCGGCUUGUUGCGGAGGGGCCUAUUGAUGACAAUUGGAUCAAGGCUCUGAAUGAGAUUGAAACCCGAACGGCCAGCAUUGAAGCCAAGGUCUCGGGCUCCAAUAGCAGCAAGUCUAUCGAAGAUGUGCGCCCGCUUUUGGGCGAUAUCAAAAAGAAGGCAGUGGAGCGGAUCCGGGACUACCUGGUCUCUCAGAUUCGGGCCCUCCGAUCUCCAAACAUCAACGCCCAAAUCAUCCAGCAGCAGCGACUCGUCAAGUUCAAGGACUUGUACGGCUACAUCUCAAGGGCCCACCCGACGCUCACGGGAGAAAUCACACAAGCGUAUAUCAAUACAAUGCGUUGGUAUUACCUGUCCCAUUUCACGCGGUAUCAUCAAGCUCUCGAGAAGAUCAAAGUCUACCCGAGCGAUCGAAACGAGGUCCUAGGAGGAGAUCCGUCCACCCACAAGACAGGUAACAUCGUUUCCGGCGGCCGAGCUGGUUCAGCAGCGCACGACCCGUUUUCGCUCGGCAGAAGGGUCGACAUCCUGCGGACUGGUAACCAUAUGGCGAUAUCUUCCUACCUAGCGGAGGAGGACACCUCGUUCCACGGGCUCGAGGUUCCUUUCCGAAACUUCAACCUUGCUCUCCUGGACAACAUCUCCGCCGAAUACUCCUUUAUGACCGAGAUGUUCUCCACGUUGGGCUUUAAGCAGAUAUCUCGCAAGGCCGUUGAGAUAUUUGAACCAGUAUUUGGGCUCGGGCAGAACAUGACAAAAUACCUGAUUGAACAGACGACCGAUGCGCUCGGAGUGUUGAUUUGCGUGCGAUUGAACCAGCAAGCCGCUUUUGAACUGCAGCGCCGAAAGGUGCCCGUCGCCGACUCGUACAUCAACGGAAUCAAUAUGCAGCUGUGGCCCCGAUUCCAGGUCAUCAUGGACACGCAAUGUGAGUCCCUGAAGCGUGUAGCCGCAAACACGGGCCGAAGUGCGGUCUCUGCGUUAUCCCUUGCCGGAGGGGAUGGCCUGAACAAGUCAUCGGCCCCUCAUUUCCUUACUCAGCGAUUUGGGCAACUCCUGCAUGGCAUUCUGGUGCUCAGCAGCGAGGCCGGGGACGACGAGCCGGUCGCGAAUAGUCUGGGACGGUUGACGACAGAGUUCGACAAUCUCCUGGCGAAACUCAGCCGGAUUGGCGGGGACGCCAAGCGAAGGGAGCGGUUUCUUUACAACAAUUACUCGCUUGUUCUGGCUAUAAUUAGUGAUACCCAUGGCAAAUUAGCCACCGAACAGAAACAGGUACGUUGUUGUGCAUCCCCACAGAGCACCUCCCCAUCAAUGGCAACUCGAAUUCUCCGCUCCAUCCCCAAUGGCCUCGUCUCACGCCGCGGCUUCUCCAGCACCCGCGCCUCCAGGGCCGACGUCACACAUGCGGUUAUUGGCGCCGGGGUUGUCGGUCUGGCAGUCGCCCGCCAACUCGCUAUGAAAGAGGGCACAUCGACGAUCCUACUCGAGCGACAUGCAGCUCCGGGGACGGAGACGAGUAGUCGUAAUUCAGAGGUCAUCCACGCAGGCCUUUACUACGGCCCCGACACCCUGAAAACCAGCCUAUGCAUCAAAGGCAAAGAACUCCUGUACUCGCUCUGCAAAACACACAACAUCCCGCACCGCAACACCAAGAAAUGGAUCGUCGCGCAAACCCCCGACCAGUGGGCCGCGUGUCUGCGCGUGCAUGAACAUGCUCAACGCAUCGGCGUCCCCACCCAUAUCCUCGGGCAAGAGGAAGCCCGUCAUCGUGAACCGGAGGUACAAGCGCUCGGAGGGGUGGUGGAGAGUCCGACGACGGGGAUCGUGGAUAGUCAUUCCCUGAUGACUUAUCUGCAGGGAGAUUUUGAAGAUCGGGAUGGGGAUUGUGCGUUCUUGACGCGGGUCACGGGGAUUGAGCCUGUUGAAGGAGGCUACAGUAUCAGUGCUGUGUCUGCGGACGGGACCGAGACGACAAUCACAGCCGAGACGGUGGUGAACAGUGCGGGUAACGCGGCAUGCGAGAUCAAUAACAUGCUAUUACCGGAGAGUCGGCAUCGGAAGCCGUAUUUCGCGAAAGGAACAUAUUUCUCCUACUCUGCUUCGACGCCCAAGACGUCGGUGCUGGUGUAUCCGGCUACGUUGCCGGGGUUGGGGGGAUUGGGGACGCAUUUGACACUGGAUAUGGGGGGUCGAAUCCGGUUUGGGCCGGAUGUGGAGUGGGUGGAGGAUGCGAGUGAUUUGAGGCCGAGUCCGGCAAGAUUGCAGCAGGCGUUGCCGGAGAUCAGGGCCUAUUUGCCGAAUGUGGAUGUCGAGGCGAUUGAGUUGGAUUAUUGUGGGAUUCGGCCCAAGUUGGGGAGAGGAGGGGCGGUGAAUACGGGCAAGGGAUUUCAGGAUUUUGUGAUCCAGCAGGAAGAGGGAUUUCCGGGGUUUGUGAAUUUGUUGGGGAUUGAGAGUCCUGGGUUGACCAGUAGUUUGGCUAUUGGGGAGAUGGUUAGGGAUAUUCUGUAUUAG